AAUAUGUAUAUGUAUGUAUACAAAUGUGCCUUAGUAUAAACACUUGUUCAAAAGAUAUUUUUAUAAUGAAUACGUUUUUGCAACAAUCCCUCAAUAUAUUAUAUUUUGAGAGAGAAUUUGUUUAUUUUGAGGGGAUUUGAUCCUGUCACCGUAAUGUUAAAAUAUAAUAUAACAAAUAUUGUGCCUUUAUAAAAUACCAAUUAACUAAGAAUCUUUAGCUGAUAGUAAUGCUACAUAAACAAUGUCUUUAUCAAAACUGUUCCCUUGUUUUCAAUUUCGAUUGGAGGAUAAUAUAAAUAAAUUGGACUACAGCAAUAAUAUAUUGUCAGAAGGAUUUCCUCAAGUGUGGCAAUAUGAGAGAACUUUGGAGGAAUUGAAUGUAAUGUCAACUCGGAUCAACUAUUUUCCGCCGCAAUUGUUUUAUUGUCAAGGACUAAAGGUUUUAUUAGCUAAUAACAAUAACUUAGAAAGCAUUCCCGAAGCCAUCGGAUCUUUACGACAGUUACAGCAAUUAAACUUAAGUAGAAAUUUUAUAUCAAACGUUCCGGACAACAUAAAAUCCUGUAAGCAUUUAACACACUUAGAUCUCAGUUGUAAUACCUUGCAAAAAUUACCGGAUGCAAUAACAUGUCUGAUUUCAUUGCAAGAGCUUAUAUUAAACGAAACAUAUUUGGAGUUUUUGCCUGCAAAUUUUGGGCGUUUGGUAAAUUUGCGAAUAGUAGAACUACGUUCAAAUAAUUUAAUUACAUUACCGAAAUCUAUGCAGCGUUUGACAAAUUUACAACGCCUUGAUAUUGGAUGUAAUGAGUUUACCAAAUUGCCGGAAGUCAUUGGCGAAUUAAAGCAAUUGCGCGAGCUUUGGUUUGAUUUUAACCAAAUUCAAGAUUUUCCAAAUCAGAUUGGAAAAUUACGGGAGCUAGUACAUUGUGACGCAAAUGGUAAUUGCUUGAGUUACUUGCCACAUGAAAUUGGAAAUUGUCGUAGUUUAGAAGUUUUAUCAAUUUCAAUAAAUAAUUUAACAGCUCUACCCUUUAGCAUUGGCAUGCUCAAGUCGUUGGUGACAUUAAAAUGUGAAUCGAAUGAAUUGACCGAAUUGCCUAGUAGCAUAUCUAAUUUGGAAAAUUUGGAAGAAUUAGUUGUGAGCCACAACAAACUGGUUCGUUUGCCAAAUACAAUAGGAAUGUGUAGAAAAUUGCGGUAUUUAUUUGCUGAUGAUAAUAAUUUGAGGAAAUUGCCUGAUGAAAUAUGCUCUUGUUCCCUACUUAGUGUGUUAAGCAUUAGUCGGAAUGAAAUAGCUGCCUUGCCCGAUAAUAUAGGGCACUUAAGGAAUCUCAAAGUUUUGAAUAUUGUUCAAAAUAAUAUCGCUACUUUACCUGUGACGCUCUUAAGUCUAGUGAAUUUAACAUCUUUGUGGAUUAGCAAUAAUCAAUCUCAACCUCUAAUACCACUACAGUAUGCAGACAUAUCAAAAAAAACUAAGUUGACUUGUUUCAUGCUACCUCAGUUAGGUAUAAAGCAACCACCGGCUGAAUGCAAUAACUGGAUGAGUAUAGAAGACAACGUUGUUGAAGAGCAAUUUUCAAAAGAUGCAGCUAUAUCUAAACGUCGAAUAUGGUUUGCAGAAGAAACAACAAUAUUACAUACAAUUCCAGAAAUAGCGAAGUUACCCUUGACAACAUCGACGUCAAAAUCGUAUAGUAAUGACAAAAUUUUGUUAUCAUGUGCUAAUACAUCCAGCAAUUCAGCAACAAUAAAUAAAGAUCUAACUUCUGAAAACUCAAAGAUAGAGCGUGCUUCUAAUUUUAAAGACUUUCUUAUGCGGUCACCCACUCCAUAUCCUAAGGAAUUACGUUUAAUGGCAAAAUAUGUUCAUGAUAAUAAUGUUAAAACUGCUAAUAAUGGCAAUAAUCAGAACCAGGUAAUUUUGUUUGAUGAAAAUAUAUCGGAUGACAAAGCCUCAACAUCUUUACCACAAAGUAAAAGCAACAAUUUCGUAAACUGUCCUGAAUAUUGGAGCUCCAAUACAUAUAAAGAGCAGCCGUUAGGUAAUAUAUCUGAGAAUGAUAAGCAUAAUAUCCAAGUCAGAAGUAAUGUUAGCCAUGGAAGCAUAAAGUCCUAUAUACAACAGCGACAAAAACAGGACACAGAAAUAGAACAAGAUUUGCAAAAACAUACAGAACACUCAACCAAUCUUUAUCAACAAUUUGUUACUGUAGAUAAUAUUCCAAAACCACCUCCUUAUCAUAUAGCACGAUGUUUCACAAAAAAAAGUGUUGACGAUCUAACAAAGUACGAAUUUGUACGAAAACGUCAGGAGCAGAACCAUAAUUUUCGGAAUUAUAAAGAUAUGAUUGACGACAAUAGCCAACUUUGGCUACAAACAGAUACUAUUUCUAAAAAUAUAUCAAACAAAUCUGAACAUAAAUUUGAUUUUGUAAAUAAUUUAAUGAUUAAAAAAAUUGAACAGAAAGAAGAGGCAAUCAAAUCUGAAGAAGAAUUUAAAGGUGCUGAAAGUACUAUGACGUCCAUUAACAGCAAAAAUGAAUUAUUGGAACCAAUAAACACGUUACAAACAUCAAAUAUUUUUGAAAAAACAAAAAACAGAUCGAGAACUAAAUGGCUUUUUGGCGCCCAUAGAAAUCCAAGAGUUAUACAAGUAAAUAUAAAUUUGGAAAGUGGAAGAGAUUUUGAAAUUGACACUUUACCUAACAAAGAAGGAAUAUUUGUUGUCUCGACGUUUUCAGAAUCAAGUGCAUCCCAAUUAAUACAACUGUUUGACAAGCUUCUUGAAGUUGACGGUGUCGAUUUUACAAAUAUUAGUGUAAAUGAAGCACGUCAAGUAUUAGACAAUUCUCGUCCUUCAAAAUCUAUAAUGCUUUCUCGUAAAUAAUACAUUGUAUAAAAUAUAUUAAAAUAUUUAAAAUAAUUAAA